AUGACCGAGAAAGUUGAUAUGAUUGGUACGACACAAGACAAGGUACAAACUCCAGUAAACAUGGAACAAGAAGUUAUAACUACUGCCCAUUAUACUGAGUAUAUUGAUUCACAUACUUCUAAAUGGGAAACGAUUAAAAAGUUCCCCUUUGCAUGCUUUUGUAUCGGCGUAAUGAUCUUCACCUUAGUUUUAACAUCAUUUGAAUCGCAGGCAGGAGGAAUUGUUAUUUCCAUUUCUAUGUUUAGAAAACACUUCGGUGUUAUACAACCUGAUGGUUCAUAUGUUCUUGAAGCACAAUGGCAAUCUGCUAUUUCUGGUGUGCCCUUGGCUGCGCAAAUUAUUGGACAGUGGACAGGAUCUUGGUUAGCUGAUCAUUUUGGUAAGAAGUGGGUCAUAUAUGUAUCCAUACUUGUAUCAACAGCCUUCAUAGGUAUCGAAUUUGCUGCCACUACAAUCCAAACAUUUUUAGCUGGAAAAACAAUGAAUGGAUUAUGUUUGGGUAUUAUACAAGCGUCCAUUGUCUCAUAUGUGGCAGAUAUUACACCUUUUGCUUUAAGAGGUGCAUCUACAGCACUUUGUAAUAUUUCAUUCUCGAUUGGUCCGUUAGUUUGUUUCAUUAUCAACUAUUCUGAGAGUGAUAGGCUAGAUUCUUGGGCGUAUAGAUCCAUUUUUGCUGCCCAAUGGGGAUUUUCUGCUAUCUCCUUAAUUACACUAUUAUUUGUCCCAGAUUCCCCUACGUAUUAUAUAUUAAAAGGAAAGACCGAAAAAGCAGAGGCUUGCUAUGAAAAGUUAUUAAAAGAUCCUGUAUCAAUUCAACAACAAAUGGCCGUUGUCAUAAAUACGAUAAAAGAAUCACAAACAUCGGCAGAUAGCUGUACAUUCUUGGAUUGUUUUAAAGGUAAUAAUUUGAAAAGAACCAUGGUCGCGUCCGUUCCAUUUAUAUUCUGUCCAUUUUCUGGUGUAUAUUUUACAGGUAAUUAUACAACAUAUUGGUUCCAAUUAGCAGGUUUAUCGGAUUCUGAAUCUUUUAAAUACACUAUUGGUGCCCAACUUUUGUCCAUUGCUGGGUGUGUGGCUACAUUGUUUGUUGUUGAUAGAUUUGGAAGAAGAACUAAUAUCCUUUAUGGUGUGGGAACUAUUAUUGUCGUCGAUUUCAUAAUUGGAGGCACAGGUUUAGUGAAAGAUAAUGACCAAGCAUUAAAAGCUACAAUAUCAUUUAUGAUGAUGUAUGGGUUUUUUUACAACUUUGGUCUAGGUUCUGUAUGUUAUCCAAUUGCCUCUGAAAACCCUACAAGUGCAUUAAGAACCAAAACUAUUGGUCUUGCACUCUCAUCGACCAAUAUAGCGGGGAUGGUAUGGUCCUUCGUUUUACCAUACAUAUUUAAUCCAGACGAAGGAAACUUGGGUGCCAGUACGAUGUUCAUUUUCGCCGGGUUUUCACUUCUCUUUUGGGUAUACUUUUAUUUCUGUGUACCCGAAACUGCAAAUAGGACCCUUGAAGAAGUAGAUGAAAUGUAUUUUAACAAAGUUCCCUUAAGAAAUUUUGGGAGCCACGAAACUUUUUCUUCAAGAGAAAAUGAAGAAACUUUUAAGAAUGUUGCUGCUAAUGAAAAAACUAAUGAAACUCUUCAUGUCGAGGAAAUUUAA